AGUAUGUAGUAUAUAAACUGAUAACGAAUCAACUUCCAUCCACAGUCUUAUGAAUAUGCAGUAUUAUAAAACAGCAAAGUGGUUGGCAUUGAUUGCCACGCACGUCAUUUUUUCAAGGGCCUCUUUCAACGGUGACGAUUCAGACAAAUCCCUCAUCAUGGAUAAAUUCGAUGUAUGGUCGUUCCAAGAAGAUGGGAUGUUCUCUGCCAAUGCUUUUUCCUCGCUGAACAUCUCGUUGGGUCAUUCAAGACAAGAUUACAGUAUUUGCUUAUGGAUCGCAGUCAACUAUUUAAGAGGAAGCGACUCCGUGUUCCUUUCACUUGGUUUAGAGGAAUCGAUCAAGGCUCUUGUUGGCAAAUUUCAGAUUGAUCCUAAAAAAUCGAAAAAACUUGUAUUUUGCGCAGCAACCCCAGACAAACAUCGACUGUGUACUGGAAUUUCUUUAAAGGGGUUUGAUCACCAAAACUUGCAUCACGUUUGCAUAAUCUUGGAUUAUGAGGGCGUUGAGGAACGCAUUCGAGUUUACUACGAUGGAUUACCAUCAGAUGAAGCCUCGUCAAAAGGCAUUGCUACAAUUGGGACCGAGGAUAAUCCCAACGAUUCAGACGAGAUUUCCGAAGCAAGUACUUCUGAAAACCCCAUUCAUGGAACGUUAGUGUUGGGACAGCAGCAAGAAAAAAUUGGAGGAGGAUUCGACUCUGAGAACUCAUUUUCUGGCACCAUUGCGCAAGUGCUAAUGGUUCCGAGAAAACUAACUCACGAAGAGGUGGGAAUUAUGGCCGAAUGUGGUCAUUCAGAUUCAUUACAUAAGGAGAACAUGCUUGCGGUUCCAUGGAAGACAUCAAACAUAAAAAUUGUGAGGGAAAAUUUCAAUUGCUCUGAAUCAAAGAAAAGAGUUAGUCAAACGGCAGUUAUUGGGCAUCUUGUCUCCUUUGCUCAUUUGAAAAUGGUUUGUAACUCCUUGGGAGGGGCUCUACCUGUUCCCUCGAAUGCCAAUCAGUAUUUAUCACUGUACGGACACACUAAGAUGAUAUUUUCGGAAAACCUCCAUCCCAAUCAUUUAAGCCAAUGUCUAACAGGAUAUGGAAAUGAUAUCACAUUUUGGCUUGGACAAGAAAUGGAUAAAGAACACAAACAAUGGGAAAGCCCCAAUGGGUCGCUUAUUUCUUGGCCAAUCCCUUUGAAUGGUUUUAGUAACAGCACCACUUUGGUGGUAGCUUUUGGUCCGCAAACAGCACAAGCAGCCAACAAGGAUAUAGACCAAUCGUGUGGAAUAUGUUUCAACAUUAAUGGCAAACAAAUGGGCGAAGAUCGGUUUCUGGAACUGAAAGGCAUUUGCGAUGAGGAAUUUGAUCAAAACACGUUUGAUAGAGAGUAUUAUGUCCAUGGAAUGAUCAAUGGACGCUUUCACUUAAGGGGAAUUCAAAACAGUCACAUCUAUUUCGAUGAUUUUGGUCAGUGGAGGCUUGAAUCAUUGCAAGAUGCAAACAAAACUUUUGUGAUGUCUGCGAGAGAAUCAGAAUUUCGUUACCCAAUUGGACGGUCCAGAUGGCAAUCAUGGAGUCAAUCAACCAUUUGCGGUACCAAACCGGGGUCUGGAAUCAAUCUAACGCUUUCCAACUGCUUCCCUCAUCAAUUCACAUGUGAUUCUGGGGAUUGCAUUCCAUUGCCCGAAAGAUGUGAUACUGUUCUAACCUGUGAUGAUAAUUCUGACGAAGUCAAUUGCUUUUAUCUCCAAUACGACUCUGCUUAUGAUCGAGAUGUCACCCCAAAAGUUGAUGGAGGAAAGAAGCCGCUUGAAGUAUUCAUGAAUGUAUCGAUCUUGGCUUUCGCCCAGAUUGAUACUGUGGGUCUGAAACUCACUUGUGAUUACUAUUUGAACUUGAGGUGGUACGAUUCCAGGCUGAAGUUCAGGGAUCUGAACGAAAUACAUAGCUUGAAUAGUCUCUCUGAAAAUGACAUUCAAAGCUUAUGGACUCCUAAAGUGGCAUUUGUGAAUGCUUUAGGACCGUAUCAAACCGAAGUUGAUGAACUCAGCACAGGUAUAUUGAUCAGAGAGGAAAACUCGUGGGUCGAAGAUGUUGCCAAUAACAGAGAAGCUGUUUUGUUCUCUGGGAAAGGGAAUUCAAUCAGAGUGACGAGAGAAUACUUUUUAGAGUACUCGUGCGACUUCAAUCUCCAAUACUACCCAUUUGACACGCAGUUAUGUCAAAUGGAGUUUUCAAUCCAAGGAUGGACUUCUAAAUAUGUCGUGCUGCAAAAAGAUGGAUCAGGCGUACAAUAUCAAGGCUUGAGGAACCUAGUCGAAUAUGAAAUUCAGUUGGAGGACUUACAGAUAGGCGAAGAAGAUGGUGUCAGCAAAGCAAUUGUAAAGGUGGUCUUUCGACGACGGAUGGAAUAUCAUGUGACCAAUACCUUCCUUCAAACCAUUAUUCUGGUUUCCGUCGGAUUUUUAUCAUUUUUCUUUCGCGUGGACAAUUUCACAGACCGAAUUAUGGUUACUUUAACGGUGAUGCUAGUUGUUGCCACCAUCAUGUCUACAAUUCAACAAAAUCUACCAAAAACGGCCUAUUACAAAUUGAUUGAUUAUUGGUUAAUGUUUAUCUUAAACAUCUUAGCAUCCAUGAUGCUUUUCCAUACCUUCCUUCAAUUUACCAUCAAACGGGAUAAUCAGAGUCAAAGUUUUUUGUCUAGAUUAUUUCGUCAGCCUGAGUCAAGAAAUAAGACAAUCCAAACUUCACACCCUGGAAAGCGAUACGUUGGUUAUGAUGACAACAUUAUGAGAGAUGCUCAGAAAACUAACCAAUUGGGAAAGACGCUCUUUUUGCUAGUGAUCCUUAUAUUUAAUCUCAUUUUUUGGAUUGUAGCAUUGGGAGAGUAUGUCAAGAGUGCAGAACAUUAUCUACAUCUGAAAUAAUGUUUCAAGAAUUAGAUAACAUUGAUAGAGUUUGACAAAAGAAACAGGAAAAUAAAUCAUCCAUAUUUUGUUGUGGCUCAAAAAUGUACGAAUGUUGUAACAAAUAUAAAGGCUGUCAUUCAAUGAAUGUAAAAACUGUCUUGUCUGAAUAUAUAAAAAACUAGAGG